AUGUUCUACUCGGAGACUCUCCUGUCCAAGACGGGCCCCUUGGCUCGCGUCUGGCUGUCCGCGAACAUCGAGCGCAAAUUGUCCAAAUCGCACAUUCUGCAAGCCGAUAUUGAUAGCAGUGUUAAUGCCAUUGUUGACCAAGGCCAAGCGCCUAUGGCUCUGCGACUCAGUGGUCAACUGUUGCUUGGUGUCGUCCGUAUUUACAGCCGCAAAGCGCGUUACCUUUUGGACGACUGCAAUGAAGCCUUGAUGAAGAUUAGGAUGGCUUUCCGACUCACAAAUAACAAUGACUUGACUUCCACAGUUGUCGCACCGGGUGGUAUUACUCUGCCCGAUGUUCUCACCGAAUCUGACUUGUUUACCAACUUGGAUACAUCACUUCUCUUCCCUCAAAACCUGGACCUGGAGCCUGCAGGCAAGCAGCCGGGCGGUUUGGAUUUCGGUACCCAGCUUCUGGGAGAUAGCAGUUACCGUCGAUCAAUGUCUCAGGAACCCCUCCACCUUGAGGACCCCUCCUUGGUGGACCUUGAUAUCGGUGAACCUUUUGGAAACGACACUACUUUGGAAAUUGGUCGAGAUGCUCCUCCACCUCGUCCCAUGGAGGAGGACUUGCACAGUGACUCUGGAAAACUUAUUGAUAAUGAUGACCUGGAUAUCGAUAUCGGGGACGAUGAUGUCCCAUUGGACAACAUGGACCUCGACGAUAACAACGACAACCUCAAUGGUCCUAUUGAUGAACCAAUGGACUUUGGUGGCGGUGAUGAUGACUUCGGCGGUCAGACACCGCGUGCUGACGCUAGCCGGUUCAACCGUGAUACCGAGAGCCCCUUGUCCGACGCAGGAUCUGUUCAAAUGCACCAUCUUGAGGAGGAGUACAACCGCGACCCUUCUGCCACCCCCGACGCUGCCGCCGCUCAACAUCCCCAGCGUGCGCAACGUACUAAACGCGUCAAGACUAUUGAGUGGGACAAGGAAACAUUCUUCACCAGUCACCAGAUUAAGGAUCUCAACAAUGAUCGAUCCGCCAUCCUGAAACCUGCCAGCUUUUUGCCCCGCGAUCCUGUCCUCCUUACUCUCAUGACUCGCCAGCAAAAUGGCGAUUUCGUCUCUAGUAUCUUUGGCGAGGAGCGUGGACGUGGUUGGGCUCCUGAAUUGCGCGGUUUGUUGUCUCUGGACUCCGUGAAGAAAGCUGGCGAACUCAAGAGAAAGCGUGAUAGCGGAAUUUCCGACAUGGACGUGGCUGGUGCUGAUGUCCUCGAGCUCGAGCUGGGCGACGAGGAGGCUAUUGUUCCCAUUGACGAGGGAAUUGAUCUUGACACCACUAUCCAACCCCAAAGUGAGAUCGACUUCCCUGGGGAUGACGAUCAGCAUGACAUGCAUUUCAGCGACGACGGAGAAAUGGGUGCGCCUUUGGCCGAUAUGGAUGACACUAUCAGACCUGUGGACACUGAGCCCGUAUCUAUUGGCACUAAGCACGCCGUUCACAUCCUCCGUGAGCAGCUGGGUGAUUCAUCUUCCGCUCAAAAGAAGGCAGUUGUCUUCCAAGAUCUUCUCCCUGAGCAGCGUACCACUAAGGCUGAUGCCACCAAGAUGUUUUUCGAAGUUCUGGUCUUGGCUACCAAGGAUGCCGUCAAGGUUGACCAGGGCUCUAAGGCCAUCGGUGCUCCUCUCAAAAUCCGCGGCAAGGAGGCGCUCUGGGGCUCUUGGGCUGAGGAGAACGCUGCUGGUACUGCCAGCCAGCUGAGCCAGGUUCUGUAA